CUCGCAGGAGGCGGGAGAGGAAACCGAGCCUGGCGGCGGGUUGGGCCCCGCAGCAGCUCCCGCCGGCCGGCUUCGUCCUGCGCUCCCUGCUCCCGGCGGCCGGGCCCGGCCGCGCCCAACCCCCGCCAUGCGGCCCCCGGGGCUCUGCGGGGCCGCGCCGCUGGCCGCGGCCGCCCUCCUGGUGCUGGGGGCGCCCCUGGCGCUGGCCGGCGAGGACUGCCUGUGGUACCUGGACCGGAAUGGCUCCUGGCAUCCAGGCUUUAACUGCGAGUUCACCUUCUGCUGCGGGACCUGCUACCAUCGGUACUGCUGCAGAGACCUGACCUUGCUCAUCACCGAGAGGCAGCAGAAGCACUGCCUGGCCUUCAGUCCCAAGACCAUAGCAGGCAUCGCCUCCGCCGUGAUCCUCUUUGUGGCUGUGGUUGCCACCACCAUCUGCUGCUUCCUCUGUUCCUGCUGCUACCUGUACCGCCGGCGCCAGCAUCUGCAGAGCCCAUUUGAAGGCCAGGAGAUUCCAAUGACAGGCAUCCCAGUGCAGCCAGUGUACCCAUACCCCCAGGACCCCAAAGCUGGCCCUGCACCCCCACAGCCUGGCUACAUGUACCCUCCUAGCGGUCCUCCCCAGUAUCCACUCUACCCGGCUGGGCCCCCUAUCUACAACCCUGCAGCUCCUCCCCCCUAUAUGCCACCACAGCCCUCCUACCCAGGAGCCUGAGGAACCAGCUGUGUCUCUGCUGCCCCUUCAGUGAUGCCCCUCUCCUGUAUCUGCAUCUGGCCCUGGGGGUGGGCAGGGGUCCUCUAUUCACCAGGCCCCAGAAAAAGCCAAACCCUGGGUCCUACUGGUGAUGGAGCCCCAGGGAAGUAGACCAGGAGCUGAGCUGGAACUUGGCCAUGAACAAGGGGUGGGUGGGGAGGGCUUAGAAUCGGGGGACUCUUUUUACCUGGGGCAAGAGAAGGACAUGGAAGCCUGGGUCAAAGCCCCCGCUUUCUCAGAGUCCUCUACCCUCAAGAUCCCAGCCAGGAAGGCUGGGACCCGUCCUGUUUGCUCACUGUGGGCUGGGGCAGGGUGGGGAGUGGGCUCCAUCAGCAGUGGGCAGAAGCCCUGCCCCUGGCUGCCCCACUGGCCCGGACUCCAACAUGCUGGAUUAAAGCUGUAAAGCUGUAA